AUGACCAACAAGACUACACUUGCAGGUCGCGUAGGAAUCGUCGGUACUGGCCACCGUGCGCGGCUGUACAAUUCGGCGGUGACGGCGCGCGGGUCGCACGUCGUCGCGUUGUGCGAUACAAACCCCGCCAGGCGGGCGGUCCAUAACCGCAUGCUGGAGGAGGCGGGGUGUGCGCGCGCCAAGGAGUACGAUGCGGCCGACUUCGAGCGCAUGCUCGACGAGAUGGCGCUCGAUGUUCUCGUCGUGACCACUGUUGACGCGACACACGACUUGUACAUCGUCCCCGCGCUUCACAGGGGUAUCCGCGUGCUUACGGAGAAGCCUAUGACCACUGAUGUUCCCAAGUGUCGCCGGAUCCUCGAUGCUGUAAGCGAGACGGGCGGUAGCAUGCAGGUGCUCUUCAACUAUCGCUACAACCCUGUCCACUGGAAGGUCGAGGAGCUUGUUUCCAGCGGCGCGAUCGGUAACGUAAAGAGCGUGCACUUUGAGUGGCUCCUUGACACGGUGCAUGGUGCAGACUACUUCCGUCGCUGGCACCGGUACAAGGAGCGCUCUGGCGGCCUGAUGGUGCACAAGUCGAGCCACCACUUCGACCUCGUCAACUUCUGGAUCAACGCCAAGCCCAAGUCUGUGUUUGGCAUGGGUCGGCUGGCAUUCUACGGCUCCCAGGCCGGUGCGAAAUCGGGCUGGGCGCGUUCGUACAAUCGAGCACGUGGUGCUCCCGAGGCUGCCACUGACCCAUUCGCGAUCGACCUCGAAGCGGAACCCUCCCUCAAGUCGCUGUAUGCCGACGCGGAGGGAUGCGACGGCUACCACAGGGACAUGAACGUGUUCGCACCCGACAUCACGAUCGAAGACGACAUGGGCUUACUGGUGCGCUACGACUCGGGCGCAACCAUGACGUACCACCUCACAGCGUAUUCCCCAUGGGAGGGGUACCGGGUCAUGAUAAAUGGUGACCAGGGGCGACUGGAGCUCGAGGUAGUUGAGAGCUCGCACCGGGACCCUAUUACUCGGGAGGGAGUGACGCAUGGGGACAAGGAAUUACCUAACGCUGGCGGUGUCUCGCUUAGUAUCCAGAAGUUGUGGGGCCGGCGAGAGGAGGUUCCCGUCGUCAUGGGGGAGGGCGGGCAUGGCGGCGGCGACGAGGCCAUGCUCGACCAGCUCUUCGGUCCACGUCCGGGAGCCGAGGUGGUUAGUACGCCCGUCGAGAGGUUGAGUGCCAAUGAGGUCGAUGGGGCGCUGGCUAUGGCUGUGGGGCUUGCUGCUAAUGAGAGCUUUAGGACUGGCAAGCUCGUAGAGAUUGACGAGCUGCUUGGUGUUGUGCUGUAG